UAACCCGCCUCCAAAGCUUACCCGUGGGCUCCUGUGAAGACUGCACACUGGCCCCACUCUCCUGCUGCCAUGGGGCCCAGUACUCCUCUGCUCAUCUUGUUCAUUUUGUCACGGCCGGGACCCCUUUGGGGGCAGCAGCACCACCUUGUGGAGUACAUGGAACGCAGACUGGCUGCCUUAGAGGAACGACUGGCCCAGUGCCAGGACCAGAGUAGUCGGCAUGCUAUUGAGCUGCGGGACUUCAAGAACAAGAUGUUACCGCUGCUGGAGGUGGCUGAGAAGGAGCGAGAGGCACUCAGGACCGAGGCUGACUCCAUCUCAGGGAGAGUGGAUCGUCUGGAGCGGGAGGUUGACUAUCUGGAGACCCAGAACCCAGCUCUACCCUGUGUAGAGGUUGAUGAGAAGGUGACUGGAGGUUCAGGAACCAAAAGCAAGGGCAGGAGAAAUGAGAAAUAUGAUAUGGUGACAGAUUGUGGGUACACAAUCUCUCAGGUGAGAUCAAUGAAGAUCCUGAAGCGAUUUGGUAGCCCAACUGGCCUCUGGACCAAGGAUCCUUUGGGAACAACAGAGAAGAUCUAUGUGUUAGAUGGGGCACAGAAUGACACAGCCUUUAUCUUCCCAAGACUUCGUGACUUCACCCUUGCCAUGGCUGCCCGGAAAGCUUCUCGAGUCCGGGUGCCCUUUCCCUGGGUAGGCACAGGACAGCUGGUAUAUGGUGGCUUUCUUUAUUAUGCCCGGAGGCCUUCUGGAGGACUUAGAGGUGGUGAGUUGGAGAAUACUCUGCAGCUCAUCAAAUUCCACCUGGCAAACCGAACAGUGGUGGACAGUUCAGUGUUUCCAGCAGAGGGUCUGAUCCCCCCGUAUGGGCUGACAGCAGACACGUACAUUGACUUAGCAGCUGAUGAGGAGGGUCUUUGGGCUGUCUAUGCCACCCAGGAGGAUGACUGGCACUUGUGUCUGGCCAAGUUAGACCCACAGACAUUGGACACAGAACAACAGUGGGACACACCUUGUCCCAGAGAAAAUGCCGAGGCAGCCUUUGUCAUCUGUGGGACCCUGUAUGUUGUCUAUAAUACCCGCCCUGCCAGUCGGGCCCGUGUCCAGUGCUCCUUUGAUGCCAGUGGCACCCUGACUCCUGAGAGGGCAACGCUCCCUUACUUCCCCCGGCGAUAUGGUGCCCAUGCCAGCCUCCGUUAUAACCCCCGAGAGCGCCAGCUCUAUGCCUGGGAUGAUGGCUACCAGAUUGUCUACAAGCUGGAGAUGAGGAAGAAAGAGGAAGAAGUUUGAAGAGGGAGUCUUAUUUUUCCAGUCUCUCUCAACCCCACUUGUUUCUAUCUCCAUUAAAUCUGCUCCUCAUUCUCCAAGUGUGGGAAUGGCAGUUCAGAUCCUACUCUGAGCCAAUGAAAGCCAAGUCCCAUAGCCUCUUCAUUUCAUAUGCAGUCCAGAUUUUGAUCAGUCCUUUUCAUUGAGAGUCAAAAGAGAGAACCCUGAGUGUUCACACCUUCUCUGCUGCCCCGUGUCAACUGAUUUCAUGCCAAAGAUGAAAAAGACUGGAGUUCUACCCUUGUGUGGGGGCAGCCCCAGCAAACAGAGACUAGAAAUUUUUUUUUUUUUUUUGACUCAUUGUGAGGGAAGAGAAGAAUAGGAAAUGUUCAGCUCUGGCUUCUCUUCCUUCUUUUAGUUCUGUAAAAAAGAAAAGGGAGAAAAGGGGGGAUGGAGGGGGGGCAUACACACAGACUUUCUCAUAAUUUUGUAUUGCAACAUUUUGCAUUAAAAAGAGUAUCCACCA